AUGCCAGGACUUACUGAUGCAAACUUAACUGAAAUUCGUGACGUCUUUAGUUUAUAUGAUGAUCGAGGAGAUAAUCAUAUACCAAAACAUUAUUUAGGUGAAGCACUUCGAGCACUAGGAUUAAAUCCUACAGAAGCUGAAAUUCGUUUUCUUUUAACUGAUCUUCAACGUAUAGAACGGUUAUCGAUGCAACAAUUUCAAAUUAUUUUCGAGCGUUUAAACCAACGAAAAGAUAAUGUUGUACCGGCAGAAGAAUUUAUUGAUGGUUUACGUGUUUUUGAUAAAGAUGGAAAUGGUUUAAUCCCAGCAACUGAAUUACGUCAUUUAUUAACAACAUUAGGAGAACGAUUAACUGAUGAUGAAGUUGAACAACUUAUUUCUGAAUUCGAAGAUAAGAAAGGAAUGAUUAUGUAUGAAGAUUUUAUUAAAGCCGUACUUCAACAUUAG